UGGACGGAUCCGCUGUUUGCGCAGAGCUGCUGGUUGUGUCACAUCGCCAAGGAAACGCUUGACAAUAAAGGAGCGUGCAGGAGUUCUGUCCCCAAGUCCAGUUCACUCUGUCAGCAGUCUGUUUGUGUACAGAGCCUCAGAACCAGCUGGCUGAGGGGACUCUUCUCCAGGUUCACCUCUCUCUGUAGCAGGAUGUCGUUCCCAUGGACCUUCUCUCCUCCGUUCCACUACAUGCUGCGUGCGUCUGGGCAGAGUGAGGUAUGGAGCGACGCACGGCCGGAGGACAAGUUCCAUCAGUACGGCUGGCGCUGUGGAACCAGCGAGGACGGAUAUGGUACCAGGACUCUGAUCGGUAACUGGGUCGAACAACAAAAAGACAUCACUCAAUACCGGAAAGCCAGACCCCUUCCGUCACAGUUCUCUCACUACUUUGACUCCACCUACUCCUCCUCCUUUAACCGUGAAGAGAAGAGACCCAUCUACAGCUUGAGGAAGGAGUCCAAGAGUUUCCUGGGCCAGCAGCUGGAGUUAGACCUCCCCCAAGAGGGACUACACCAGUCACACACACACCACACCACACCCCGUCUGGGACUGUGACGCUGCAGGAUGCUAGGGGACAGCAGGAGAACACAGCAGGCAGAGCAGCAUCCUUCUGACCCCUCAAUAAAUACUGAUAAGAGUGGUUCACUUUUAGUAGUGCAUCAGUGAAUGUGGACUACUGUGUGUGUGUGUUUUACUGUAUUUGCAGCCUUUGGAGCCAAAUGUUCUUUUGGAUCAACUCCCCCUGUUCCCUCUCUUACCCCAUCUCCCCUCGUCCCCUCACUCACUCCCACUCUACCCCCCCACACUCUCUCUCUGUGUCUCUCAAAUAGCAUUGUAGUUUUUUUUUGUAAAUUCUUUCAGUGUCAAGUAAAUCUCUUUGUUUUCCUCA